GGAGGAGAGAAGAGGUGAGGAAAGGGAGGAAGAAGAGAGAGAGAGAGAGAGAGGAUGCAGAGCUUAACAUCAAACGAAGUUGCGGGUUUCGCAGUAGGGGCUCUGCUUCUCGGCGCCACCAUCGCUGCUCCAAAAGUUGAUGCUUUCAUUGCCGCUGCUCAGAGAAGGUCUCUUGGGAUGUGCACGAAGUGUGGAGAUGUAAAGAAUGUAGCCUGUGGUCGCUGCAAAGGGACAGGGACGAUCAAGUCAGGAGGUAUCUUUGGAUUCGGUGAGCCAGAGCCAUCAUCAAACGCCAGAUCAGCCACUUGCGAUAAUUGCAAAGGCAGAGGUUGUUUCCCU